AUAUUGCGAUAGCGCGACUAUGAGUUCCAGCGCAGAGUUAACCGGGUCCACAGAUAACAGCAGCAAGCGGUCCGGUGCUUCAGUUGCAAUUAAAUCGAUAGACAGUCAGGUCGAACAGCGAGGAUCGCAGACGGAAAGCUACGAGAUGGUCGAUACGGCACGGAACGCACCAGUAACGCUGACUGUGGAUGGUUUCGGUACGGUGAAGCAUCCGAAAACGGGUGCUACCGAGACGGUGAAACGGUUCACCUGGCAAAACACGUACGGCACCUCGGUCCAGGUUAUAUCAUACGGGGCCAUCAUCACCGUGAUGAAGGUGCCCGAUCGUAACGGGCGUAUCGAUGAUGUGGUGCUCGGUUUUGACGACAUUCCCGGUUAUCAAACACCCAACAAUCCAUACUUUGGGGCAACCAUUGGACGGAUUGCGAACCGUGUUGGUGGUGGCAAAUUUACGCUCAACGGACUAGAGUACCAGGUGACGAAAAACUUUGAAAACCGACAUCAGCUGCAUGGUGGGAAGAUUGGUUUCGACAAAUACAACUGGGAAGCGUACGUAGAGGGGACUGCUGUGACGCUGACGCACACGUCCCCCGAUGGAGAUGAAGGAUACCCGGGUGCAGUUAUGGUUAGCGUUCGGUACGAGCUGAAGGAGGACAAUCGGUUCGAAGCACUGUUUAAGGCUGUUUCUACCAAGCCAACACCGAUCAAUCUCACCAACCAUUCCUACUUUAACCUGGCGGGUCAUUCCACGGGCCACGAGGAAAUCUAUCGCCAUGUUGUUAGCAUCAACGCAGAUAAGAUUACCGACACGGAUGCCGAUUCGAUACCGAGCGGCAAAUUCAUCUGUGUCGGUGGGACACCGUACGAUUUGCGCAUUCCGCGCGAACUUGGACCGGCCAUGGCGAAAACUGCAGGCGAAGGAUUCGACGAUAACUUUUGCAUCACCAAGGGUACCGAACAGGGACGAACGUUUACGGCCCGCGUAGUGCAUCCGCACAGUGGACGUGUGCUGGAGGUAUACACGGAUCAGCCGGGUGUGCAGUUUUACACCAGCAACUUUAUGCCGGAUCCGAACAAGAAUAUUCGCCCGAAAGCAGUUAACGCUCCGGAAUACUACGACGUCACACGUCUCGAACCUGUCAUCCCGGAAGGUGUGGCCGAUCCGCCGAUUCAAGGUAAGGGUGGAGCAAAGUAUUGCAAGCACGGUGCAUUUUGCUUGGAAACACAAAACUUUCCCGAUGCGAUCAACCAUCCCAACUUCCCAUCGGCGGUUCUGAACCCCGGGGCACAGUACGUGCAUGAGGUAGUGUACAAAUUUGACGUACUUCGUGACCAAUAG